AUGGCUGAGGAUGGCUACAGCGAAGAUGUGAUUCCACUCUUCAAUGUAGAAAAGAAAACCCUAGCCAAGAUUGUAGAGUGGUUAAACAAGCGUGCGAGUGGUUCAUCUAAGGAGGAACUUAAAAGGUGGGAUGCUGAUUUUGUUGAUGUUGACAAAGAUGUUUUCUAUGAUCUUCUCCUGGCUUCAAACUAUCUCAACAUUGAAGUUUUGCUUCAUCAACUCGCACAAAAAGUUGCAGACAUGAUAAAAGGGAAGAAACCUGAGGAAAUUCGCCAACUCUUUGGUAUCAAGAAUGAUUUUACCCCAGAGGAAGAGGCAGAAAUUCGCAGGGAGAAUGCUUGGGCAUUCGAGUGA